AUGUCACAUACAUUGUACUGGCCUGGAAUAGUGUACUUCUACCCCAUCGGAAACACUUCCGCUGUUGAUCUCUUGCGAGAUACACCACCCGCGGAAGAUACGCAUCUCCUGUUGCUGGGAUGUGGUGACCCCCGAAACGUUCUGUACACAAUUUUCACGGACAGGAAUCCUGGUGCCCGUGUCUUAGACUUCACCUGUUGUGACAUCGAACCGGCUGUGAUCGCUCGGAAUAUCUUACUUCUGACCUUGGUAGCGGACAGAGGUCCGUGCACGGGCGCCAUUUGGAACAUUUUCUUCCAUAUAUACCUCGACCACGACUCGCAUCGACUGCUCGUCGAACAACUUAAAAACCUCAUCGCACGCUCAUCCUCUAUUGAGAGAUGGCGUGCAUCUGUUUAUGGGUCAUUCAUCAAAAUAUCAAGCCGCUACACACUGAUGGAGGUUAGACGCCAUUGGGAAUUGUAUCGCGACAUGCAUCACCUUCCUUCCUCGCGCAUUGUCGGUAUUCGCAAAGCUUUCGCUGAAAAGAUGACCCGCCCGACACGCGUCAAAGUCAGCUUGUCUUCUGCGCGCUCCGCCGCACCGCUCUUGCUGGAGGCGGCUCAAACCAUGUCUGCUCAGUUCAACCACUUCUGGACGACAGGAGUUACGCACACAAACUCAGCGGACAUAGCAGCUGCUACUCUUAUCAACCCUACCUUUGUGUACUCGCUAGCAGGUGAAGGCUGCGCCGUCCACUACGGAACCGACCCCUUGAUCCCGUUCCAUUUUGCCCCUAUCUUCGGCAACGCGCAUGUCUCCACAGAAUGUUCAAUCGAUGGUCUUGUCCGGGCCGCAAAAGACGAGUUCACUGCGUGGUGCUCUGCUUAUCAAGCUGCAAUAUCCUCCACAGCUCCUCCCGUCAUUCGUUACUUCCUCGGCGAGGCAAUAGCUGUGUGCCGCGCUCUCAACGGAUUCUUAGCAAGUGGAAUAAUACUUACAGACAUCCCCGUCGCACAGUGGAAUACGGAGCUCAUCCACCUGGAAGAGACCGAAUAUACUGGCGGUUGUGCACCGUCGACCUUUCACGUCAUAGACACGUCUAACCUCGUCGACCAUCUCGGGCUGCUCAAUGUUUUCGUCUCCACCAUACCCUUGCUCGUUGCCGCUCACGGAGUCCUGUACACAGAAACGCUGAUCGCCGAACGGCUGAUCUCUGACAAGCCCGACCCCGCGAAGGCAUUCACGGAGAGUCUGUACGCAGAUGGUACUCUUCUCGGCCUCCUGCUAAAUCUCCACCCUGUCGGUUACGUCUCGGGGUUUACAUCUCGAUGCAACACUUCUGAGAUCCUUUUGCGCCGUGCCGCAGGUGGGGGACGGUCGCAGUUCUACCAGCCCGUCACCUGGAAAUACCCAUAUUAUGCUUCGUCCAAUACCGUGGACAGUGGAAAUACGGUUCCAGUCUUCGAUCCAUCGCAGUUACCCAUAUUCUUUUACAAUAUGUACCAGCGGAUGUACGAACGCGAAGAUGGCGCCACCUUCUGGAAGCUCAACAAGAAGCCUCCUCAUGACGCUACUGCCGACUCAAACCUUCUUCACUACACCCGUGAAUCCUUUGUACUGCUUCUCAAGUUGAUCCAGCAGCGCAUCGCGACGCCAGAUGCGAUUUGGAUGGAGGUGAUGGACAAGUUCGUCACAUUAUUGGAGACGAACAAGUCUAUGAUGGUAGACAAGAACAAUCUUCAGGAGCUCUGCUGUCAGUUGCAUCGCCACGGACUAUACACGCCAUCUUUCAUGAAGAAUACUCCUCCGAUAGCGGGCCCUUUCUCGCAAUGGAGCGGCAUCCCUCUGCUUGUGCGUAUCAUACUUGUCGUCCCGCGAGAUUGCAUUGCCGCCAUCGAACCAUCUCUGGCAGACAUUGGCACUCCGAUACUUCAAUGCGACAUCUGGGGAAAGUAUUACCAUAACCUUUUUUCUUCGGUCCACGCCGCAUUCGGCAAGCUCGUUAUUCGAAGGUCACCGAUAGACCCCCAAAUCACCAUUGUGAGAGAUUCUCCAAUCCCAGACACAUCAAAUCCCCUCGUCCUGUCUUUCAUCGCUCCGUCAUCUCUUCUACGAGUGGAGCCGAUGCGAGAUGUCCGAGUUUGCGUCUCUCUCAGGAGCACAGCUAUAAAUGCCAAGCUAAUUUCGAAGCUCGGACUAAUGCUCACGGUCUUUUCUGCGCCCUUGCUUGACACAUCUGCUGUUCACAUUCUUCCGUGGAACGGGCAAACCACUCAGUCAUCUUUUGGUCCCUGGACGACGCGUGCUUCAAUUGAAGACUCUCACCAUGUCGCCGUCACCCUCGAUAAAAGUAAUCACUCUAUUCUGAACCUGUCAAGGAAGGUAGAGGUCGAAGGCGAAAAGGCGCGUUGUCGUUUCAAGAAUGGGGAUAUGCCGACCAUCUCCCACACUUCGCCCAACGCAAUGAGACUGUCUUUGGGCGACUUCGUACGAGAAGUCGUGUUUCCCAUCCCAAUCGUGAGCACGAACAAUCGGCUCCGGCUCGCCAGGAAGUCAUCCUACAUUGAGGUCGUAGUGCUCCCAUCUAAACCUCUCAACGCCCAUAAUGUGCAGUUUGGACCGUUUCCCAUUGUGCUUGACGCAGAAGGGCGUCUUCACCUUUGGAACAUUCAUCGAGUGUCCUUGCCGUCCCUCCCUGCUCUGACUCACAAUGUCCCUCGUCGUCACGAGCGGUGGAUAUAUCAGCACGCAAGCACUAUGUUUAAUGCGGUUGGCAAACCCUUCGCAUUCAAGUUGGCGCAAGGUCGUAGCACUAUGGACAAUUUGAAAGAGACCAUUUUAGGAAUCUUGUCUCGUGCAUCCGGUGACAGCAACAAUGCUCCCGGGAGGAUAUUCCUCCUGCGAGACAAAACCACCAAGGAGUACGAUCUUGUUCUCUUCAUACCCACUCUCCGAUUCGACCUCUCAUCGCACACUAUCCUAUGCGACGGCUUCGUCCUACCGGUCACCGACACACUCCUUUCUGAAGUCGCCCCUCUGCUCUCCAAGUUAGCCACCGUGGAAGCCAUCUGCGUCGCUCACGUAAACACGGAGGAGCUGCGCGCGUGGAAGUAUUUGCUACCAGCACUCGCCGAAAGAUGUCGCCGCGCGUGGGACCACGGAGAACAAUGCGAAUACAGAGCGCAUAACAAGAUUCCGCUUUCGCUCGAGAGGUAUUCCGACCCACUUUGCAGCUGCGGGCGAGGCAAGGAGACGGAGGGCGUUCGAGGGAUAGAGAACUGGGCACCAUUUCUCCCGCAUUCGACUAGGAUCGCAUUAUCCCCUUUGUUCUCCGUUCCAUAUGACGGCGAUGCGCUCAAGGACCCUCAUGAGUCAUGCUGUGGUUGUGGAGGAGAGGGGAAACCAAAGUUGCUACUCUGCAGCGGUUGCAAGAUGGCGAACUAUUGCUCGCGCGAGUGUCAGAAGGAGAAUUGGAAAUCACAUAGGUCAGCAUGCAAGCUUGCUAACACUUCACCCAAUUAG